AGUCAUAUGGAAUAUUAUUCAUUACUGGCAAUGCCUUAGAUAUCAGCUGCCUGUGCUUUAAAAAUAUUUGUUAAGUUUUGCGAAAUGAACGUAGAGGACGAUUCGGAAAGUAUGGGUGAAAAUGUAUUUUACUUCGAGAGUGACCAUCUGGCUUUAAGAGGGAAUCGCGAUUAUACAAAUAUGCUACGCACCAUAUCAAUGCUAGAGGCUCAAAAAGUUCGAGUACAUCAGCAAAUCGAAGAACUCGGUCUGACCAAAGCGCGGUACCUGGACGACCCGGAAUUAUUUUUGAACAAACUAAAAAGAGGAGAAGAAAUUAUAGCGCCAAAUUAUAUGACUAUAGUCAAGUUACCUGAAAUUGGUAAUUAUAAAAAUUCUGCAUCCCAAGAAGUAAAGACAAAUCCAGAACCUAAUGCAGAAUCAGAUAAUGUAAAAAGUGUGCCAUAUAUGAUUAACGAGACAGUUAAACCAGAAACUCGUUUAUGGACAGUAGAGGAGCAGAAACGCUUAGAAGAAUUGCUUAUAAAAUAUCCCGAAGAACGCAUUGAAAUGCACCGCUUUAACAAAAUCGCCAAGGAAUUGGGUAACCGCACUGCUUUGCAGGUUUGUAGCCGCGUACAAAAAUAUUUUCAAAAACUUUGCAGUGCUGGUAUGCCCGUACCUGGACGUAUACCCAAAAAUCGUAGAUGCAUUCAAACAAAAGUAAAGCAGCACUACAGGCCAUCAACAUUCUUCCCCUCGCAUAAUGUGCCGGUGCAUAUCCCAGAAGAUGAUCAUGCUUUCGACGAUUUAAUGAAUUCUAAUGCAAAUAAGCCAUCAGAACUAAAAUUUAAACCCAGAGCGGGAUUAUCUGAUGUUUUCGAUAAUGAUGUUAAAAGCGAGUUGGUCACAGAGGAACAGCAACAACAAAUUCUAAGUAUGCUGAAUGUGAUUAAGCAAGAAAAGCAAACAACGAACGAAGGUUAUAAUCCUGAUCCUUUGGCGUCAAAAUGUGAAUCAUGCAGACUGGCUUCAGUUUCCCGUAUUCGCUGGCACUGUAACACGUGCUAUUGCUACCUAAACGUUUGCUCGGAUUGCUUAAUUUGCCAGUUAAUUGAGCAGAAAUUCGAACAUUUAUUACAUGAUGUUGUAACUGCGAGUGAACCUUGAUAAAUAAACUUGUAGCGUACGCUUUUACCAUAAUUAAUUUUGAUAUUAAAGAUAAUAAAAUGUACAAAUUAUGCAAGAAUUUUAA